UUGAGGCACUUAAAAGCAUUAGGACGAAUUUUGGAGGUAAAAAUCGCCUCUGACCCACGUUUUGGAAAAAUUUCUUCAAUUUUCUAUGGAUUUAGUGAAAAGAAAUCAUUAAAUCCCCUAAAUUUUCUGUUCAUACUUGCUUUGCAAGAUCUGUCCUGCAAUAGAUUUUUACUACUCUUCUGCUUUGUACACCACCUCUUUCUUGCCACAACCCUGCCAUCGACUCACGAACGACGAACACUUAAUUUUAUUUAAAUUUACCCAUUUUAUGCAUGCAUGAAUAAUUAAUAGAGACAUCAAAUCAAUAAUUCAAUGCAUCAGUGGAUAAGUACAAUUGUAAAAUGAAUGAGAUUGACUUAAAUGUUAGGUAAUGAAUUCCACAAGAUUUGAGUAUGAAAUCCUGGCAAAGAGAACACGAAAAAAAACGUUUCCCAAAAAAUAAGUUCGAUAUAAAAAGAAUUUAUGAUUUUGUUUGGCUUCGCGAAAAGAUUUAGACUAGAAGAAAAAGCAGUGAGUGAACACUAUCAGAAGUGAAAGGAAGAAUUAUAAUUGAAGGAACCAAAAUUUACCCAUUUUAAUCCAUAAAGAGUAAUAAAGACGUAAUCAAACGGUUGUAUCACGUGAGAAGACGUUACAGUACUAUAAUAGGCAACUCGUAGAACAAUUAAAUACCUUGUUGUACGUGUCUGUUAUCAUAUAGCCUCCAAUUAAACGUGGAAUCGCAACCAACUCGGCAAAGAACGAAGUUAUUAUUCGGCAUUUGAUAACAGAAAAAUAAAUUUACGCAAAUAAAUUGAACUAUUACGUUGACUGUAGCUUUAGUAGCAAUUUGGCAUUCCUUAUAGUCUGUUUUAUGAAAGUAUUAAGGUAGAAUUAGAGUGAGAUUAUGUCUGAUGUGAUAAUCGGUUGUGAUAAUUCUUAUUAACAUAUUAUAAAUUAAUAAAUAUAUUCUUGGACACGGAAAAGUCGCAUCUAAACGAUAAAAAAUGAUCUAUUUAUACUUGAGUGUCUUAAAUUGCUAUGUGCCCCUACCGAGUGCCUCUGAAACGGAGCAACAGACAGCAUUAGAGAAGCAGACUAUAGAAAAAAUUGUUCUGGUGUCAGGUGAAGAUACUCAAAGUGUCCACAGUGAAAGUGAUAACGAAGGUGUUAGUACAAUCGUUGAGUCAGUGGAUGUCGUUGAUAAAGUUAUCAAUAAAGUUACGGAUGACAUUGUUAAAAUUUUAUCAUCAAAUGAUGCCGAUAGUAAGAAACUCUUAGAGACUGAUAUUGACCAAAUUGGUGAGGAAGUGAUUGAAAUUCUCAGAGAAAAGUCAGUGGAACGUGAUGAAAAUUUGAAAAUAUCCCUUGAUGAUGCAACAAGUAAAAAUAUAGAAGUGAAUACUGACACAAUUGAAGCUGAAAAAAGUGAGACAGUGAAAGAAAUUAUUGAAGAAAAAUCUGAGAAAAUUGACGACGAGAAAAUAAUUGAAAAUUUGCAUGAGGAAAAAGUAGAACAGACAACGGCAGUUGAAGAAGAAAAAGAAGAAUCGUCAGAGAAAAUUGAAGCUCCAAAAGUCGAGUCCGAGGAUAAACAGAAGGAAACAUUAAUUGACGAGGAUUUAUUACCAAAAGAAGCUAUUGCUAGCUUUAAUGCUGAGCAAAAUAAACCGCCAGUGCCAAUACAAACAUAUUUGUGGGAAGAUAUCAAAAGAUCAAAGGAACAAGUAAGUGAUGAUCAUGGUGGAUAUCCCUGGACACAUUUAUAUAAGAGGCCUUUAGGUGAGCACGAAGAACCAGAAGUUAUUUUAACAUACGAUCGUUCACCGAAAUCAGGUCGACGUAGUCAACCUGAAACACCGAAAUCUCAGAAAAAAGUUCGCAUUCAAGAUGAGGUAGAGACAUGCGAAGAGAAAAUUGAAUUACCAAGAGAGGAACCAAAGGAGGAAAAUCAAAACGAAACAGAAUCACAAGAAACAGCCGUUGAAGACAGUUUACAAGCUGAGACAGGGAGUGUUGAUAUAAAGAAAUCACCAAAAAGCAUUUUAAAAAAAUCACAGAAACUUCUUGACAAUAUCAAACCAAACACAUCGAAAUUCGAUUCCGAUUCAUUAAAAAGAAAAAUUAAGUCACCUCUUCAAAAAAUUAAGAAGAUGGCUGAUAAUCAAAUAUCAAAGGUUAAAAAGUCUUCGAUAAAGAAAAUUCCAGUCGCUAAGGAUGAAAUUGUAUUAAACGAGAAGCUUGAAAUUUUAAAAUUAAAAGAAUCGCCAAAAUCAAAUCACCGAGAACUGCCAGCAUUUAUCGUCAAACAAGACAGUGAUGAUACAAUUGACAUUGUUGAUCUUGAGCAGUCACCAUCUGAAAGUCGUAAACAGCGGCUGAUUGAAAGCGGAAUUGUAACACCAGAUGAGAUCAUUAAUUUACCCGUAAGUACAGUUAAUAAUACUCAAGAACUUAAUUCAUGCAAAAAAUCAGAUAAUGAAGAAUCUUAUGAGCACAAACACGACCAUAAACAUAAUGACAAGGAAAUGUCACCAACAACAAUCAUCAUUCAUAAUCGAAAAGAGCACAUUUAUGAGGAAAUCGAUGACUUUGUUUCAAAAAUUGCAUUUGAUCCAGAACAUGUAGAUCGAGUUACUUUCCAGGAAGAGAAAAAUCCUCAGAACGUCGAUCUUACAAAACAUGACAACAUUACAGAUCCAAUGUUUGAUGAAUUCUCACGUGAGAUGAAUAAAAAAAUAAGAAAGUCGUUGACAUCACAAGAUGAUUCGAUUAAACGCGAAUUGAUUAAGAGAAACCCAAAAAUCGAGGAUUUAGAAAAACAAAUGUCAGAUGAUUACAAAGAGGAACAGAUUGGUGAUUUUGAUGAUAUUGAUGUUCAUAUCAAAAAUCCACGUUCUCUAGCUCCGUUAUCAUCAGUUGACUCUACAAUGUCUCAUGAUGAAACUGAUGUAGCCAAGAAAGCUGAUGACAAGAAGCUGGACGAUUCGUUCGUCCAUAGACAUAGUGAGAAGGAAAUGUCACCAACUACAGUCAUAAUUCAUAAGAAAAAGGAAAACCUUUAUGAGGAAAUUGACGAUUUUAUUGCCAAAAUCGCAUUUGAUUCCGAACAUGUGGAACGAGUUAAAUGCGUUGAUGAGAAAAAUCCUCAUGAUGUUGAUCUUGAAAAGCAUGACAAUAUUGUAGAUCCAAUUUUUGAUGAAUUCUCAUGUGAAAUGAACCGAAAAAUUAGAAAAUCAUUCUCUCAUGAUCACGAUGAUUCUAUCAGACAGGAACUUGCUAAGAAAAUUCCCAAAAUUAAGGAUCUAGAGAAGCAAAUGUCAACAGACUCAACUCAUUCAGAUCGAGAGCCAUAUGUCCAUAAACACGAUGAUAAGGAAAUGUCAUCAACAACCGUAAUAAUUCACAAAAGAAAGGAAAGCUUACUCGAGGAAAUUGAUGACGUUGUCGCGAAGAUUGCAUUUGAUUCCGAAAAUGUAGAACGUGUUCAUUAUGAAGAAGAAAACCCACAUGAUGCUGAGCUGUCAAAGCAAGAUAACAUCACAGAUCCAAUGUUUGAUGAAUUCUCAUGUGAAAUGAACCGAAAAAUUAGAAAAUCAUUCUCGCAUGAUCAUGACGAUUCUAUCAGACAGGAACUUGCUAAGAAAAUUCCCAAAAUUAAGGAUCUAGAGAAGCAAAUGUCAACAGACUCAACUCAUUCAGAUCGAGAGCCAUAUGUCCAUAAACACGAUGAUAAGGAAAUGUCACCAACAACCGUAAUAAUUCACAAAAGAAAGGAAAGCUUACUCGAGGAAAUUGAUGACGUUGUCGCGAAGAUUGCAUUUGAUUCCGAAAAUGUAGAACGUGUUCAUUAUGAAGAAGAAAACCCACAUGAUGCUGAGCUGUCAAAGCAAGAUAACAUCACAGAUCCAAUGUUUGAUGAAUUCUCAUGUGAAAUGAACCGAAAAAUUAGAAAAUCAUUCUCUCAUGAUCACGAUGAUUCUAUCAGACAGGAACUUGCUAAGAAAAUUCCCAAAAUUAAGGAUCUAGAGAAGCAAAUGUCAACAGACUCAACCCACUCAGAUCGCGAGCCAUAUGUCCAUAAACAUGAUGAUAAGGAAAUGUCACCAACAACCGUAAUAAUUCACAAAAGAAAGGAAAGCCUACUCGAGGAAAUUGAUGAUGUUGUCGCGAAGAUUGCAUUUGAUUCCGAAAAUGUGGAACGAGUUCAUUAUGAAGAAGAAAACCCGCAUGAUGCUGAGCUUUCAAAGCAAGAUAAUAUCUCAGAUCCAAUGUUUGAUGAAUUCUCAUGUGAAAUGAACCGAAAAAUUAGAAAAUCAUUCUCUCAUGAUCACGAUGAUUCUAUCAGACAGGAACUUGCUAAGAAAAUUCCCAAAAUUAGGGAUCUAGAGAAGCAAAUGUCAACAGACUCAACUCAUUCAGAUCGAGAGCCAUAUGUCCAUAAACACGAUGAUAAGGAAAUGUCACCAACAACCGUAAUAAUUCACAAAAGAAAGGAAAGCAUACUCGAGGAAAUUGAUGACGUUGUCGCGAAGAUUGCAUUUGAUUCCGAAAAUGUAGAACGUGUUCAUUAUGAAGAAGAAAACCCACCUGAUGCUGAGCUAUCAAAGCAAGAUAAUAUCACAGAUCCAAUGUUUGAUGAAUUCUCAUGUGAAAUGAAUAAAAAAAUUAGGAAGUCAUUCUCUCACGAUCAUGACGAUUCUAUCAGACAGGAACUUGCCAAGAAAAUCCCAAAAAUCAAGGAUCUAGAGAAGCAAAUGUCAACAGAAUCGACUCAUUCUAAUAAAGAACCUUACGUCCACAAGCAUGAUGACAGAGAAAUGUCACCAACUACAGUCAUAAUCCAUAAAAAUAAAGGGGAAGUCUAUGAAGAGAUUGAUGACGUCGUUGCAAAAUUUGCAUUUGACAGUGAAAAUGUUGAACGAGUCAAAUAUGAGGAAGCGGAUCCUCACGAGGUUAAGUUGACAAAGCAAGAUAAUGUAUCGGACCCAAUGUUUGAUGAAUUCUCACGUGAGUUAAAUAGAAAGAUAAGAAAGUCAUUAAGCUCUCAAGAUGACUCGAUUAGACAAGAAUUGAUGAGAAAGGUUCCGAAAAUUGAAGAGCUUGAAAAGCAAUUAUCAGAUGAGGAUAGGGAAGAGAAAAUAGAACAAGUCGAUGACAUUGAAGUUGUUAUAAGAAGUGCUCAUCUAUUAGCACCAAUCUCAUCAAUUGAUUCAACAUCAUCUGAUGAAGAUCGGAGAGCGCAGCUGUCGAUUGUUGCCGAGGAAAGUGAAACAAGUGACAGUUUGGCAAAGAAGAAGUCAUUUGAGACAGAACCAUCUGUUGAUAUUCAUGACGUAGAAAGUUUGAAAAAUGAUGAAUCUGACGUGAGUACAUUGAUUGAUGAUAUCAAAAUUGAAGUUGAAUCUCCAAAGAAGGAAUCUCAAGAUAUAUCGCCAAAAGAAGAAUCUCCACAACGAAUUGAGGAAAAAGAUUUUAGUGAAGAUGUAGAUUUAAAAGAAAACGAAGCUCCGACACCAAUUAAAAUCAAUCCAAAGUGGUCCAAGAUGAGUGAUCAUGAAUAUGAGCCAAUAGGCGAACCGAUGCUUGACGAACACGAAGCGGCUGAUGACUCACAAUCGAAUGAUAAACAAAAACGAAAGAGCUCAGAUCCGUUAGAACAAGGAAAUGAGAAAAAAUUAUUGAGAUCACCGUCUGAUGAAAGCGAAGAUAAUAUAAGCGCACAAGAUUUUCAAGAUCAAAUUGAAAGUCGAUUCUUUAGGAAGGAAAUUGAGCCAAUAUCUGAUAAUGAGGACCAUGUACAUGAAGAAGAUAUAUUUGAGGAAGCAGUCAUUAUUGAUGAAGAGCCUGUGGCACGUGAAGUGCCAAAGAAAAAGAGCUUUAUGGAAAGUGCUCAGAAUUCAGGUAAAAGUUUCCAAAAGAAAAUAAAGGCAACAACUACUUCCAUAAAAACAUCUUUAAAUAAUAAAAUUAAGAAGAAACCAAAAGAAAAACCAGUCGCUGUUGAGGUUGCUCAUGUUGAAAAAGAUGAAGAGCCACAAACUGAGGAAAAUGUAGUGGAGGAGAAGGAAGCUGUUGAAUCAAUCACCAUAAAUGUUCAAGAAGCUGAAGAGGAAGCUUCAAAAUCCAAGAAAUCAAAAAUGUCAAAGUUUACAAAUAGCAUUAAAAAGCCAACAAUGCCAAAGUUUAAUAAACCACAAUUUAAAAAGCCACAAAUGCCAAAAAUGCCUGACUUGAAAGUCGCUGAAAGAUUUGGAAACCUUCGUAAAUUAGGUAGAAGUAAGUCAAUGAAAGAAUCAUCAAAUGGAGACUCGACAUCAUUAAAUACCCAAGAAGCUGCAUCUGCAGAGCCAACAUCCAAGAAAAAGUUUGAUUUUGGAACCUAUCCACGUCUUAUUAGAGAUAAGUUUAAGCGUCCAAAAUUACCACAACGCAGUGAUGCUAGUAUGGUUUCUGAAUCGCCUGCUCCUGAUGAAGAUUUCAACAGAGUUCCACAAGCAUUUGCUCAACGUGGACCUGUUGCUUCAAGAUGGCCAGAAUACAUAGAAGAAGAGCCUGGCAAAUAUCAACAUUUUGAUAGUGAAAGUGAUCUGGAUAGAGAUCGCAUGGAAUUUGAGCGCGAAGAAGUUCGUCAUUUAAUGACAGACGAACAACGUCAACUUGAUGAUAUGGAUAGAGAAAAUUUCCAAAUACAUUUGAUGGCUCAACAGGAGAAAUUCCGUAAACCUUAUAUUGAGAGACAAGGAUCGGAUGUUGCAUCAGAAGAUGACAAACUAAUGUGGAGUGGAAUGCUCAAUAAAAAUGUUAAGGAAGAUGAGGAAGAAUUUGAACAAAAUGCAUUACGUUUUGAUGAAGAUUACAAGUUUAACUUAGAGGCUUACAAUACCCAAAACCUUAAUCGUUCAUCAACUCCUCAAACAAAUCAAGAAACUCAAAGUUCAGGCAGUUCCGGUGUAAGACGACGUGGAGGAUUCUUAGAUGAUGAUGACGAGUAUUUCUUACGUGAACAAAGGGAUACAAAUAAAGUUGGUGCUGGUGGAGAUUAUAUCGAUUCAGCUAUCAAAGAGGGUCUUGGAUCAGCUAAUGAAAAUGCUUUGACAAAUAUAGGCAGCUAUGAUGAUGAACUUCCAGAAGAACAUCAUGAAUUGACACCAGAUAAGCCAACACGUUCACUAAAACGUAAAAAGAAGAGCUUGCCACAAGAAGAAGAAGAAUAUAAUGAAAACAUUCAAAAUGAGCCUGUUGCAUUUGAUUUUUAUAAGACAUAUCCACCACACCGACCAACAAGAAAUAAAAAGUCAAUAAGUAUGGAGCCUGAAGAUGAUAUUAAUUUUGAACAUGAAAUUCUUGAUGAUUCCUCUGACAUUCUUGAUGAGAAUGAAUUGGGAACAUUUAAAGGAAUUGAACAUCCUGAUUUGGCAUAUUUGCAAGACGAUUUUGAUAAUGAUCUUGAUUAUAACGCACCAAACUUGCCAGUUCCACCCACACCACCACGAAGAAGGAAAAAGAAAAUUCAUGGAUUGCAGCCACAUGGCUUUAUGUCACUUAGAAAUGAGCAUCUUUCACAAAAACAGAAGCCACUACCCGUUGAACAUAAUAAUGAGAUCAUUGUGUAUCGUCAAGAGCACAACUUUGUUCCACUGGCACAGGAAGAACGAUUAACAACUCCAACACCAACACCAAGACGAACAAGAUCACGUUCACGCUCUCAAGUUUCAGCUUACACAUUAGAUGACGCUGAAUCAUUUAAGAAAGAUUCAGUUGAUGAAUUCAAUAACAUGAUGAUCCAUGAUAAUAAGGAAAAUGACUAUGCAGUAAUAAAGAAGGAAACCCCUCCAAAGGCAGCAGUAAGACGAAAGCGAUCAACAAAGUCACUAGGAGAUAAGCAGUUUGCAACUCUGCCAUUGAUGCCACGUAGAAGUGAUCAUGAACUAGUUCCACCUCGUCCUCCAAGAAAUUAUAGCACUAUUGCUCACGAGAAGCAUAUUAAACCCGAUAAGCCACCAAGAAGAAAGUCUGCAAGCAGUUUGGUUGAAAUUUCAAAAACUAUAAAAGAUGAUGAUUAUGAGGAAAUAUUGGAUACUAGUGCUCAAGAUAAUCGACUUUCACAUAGACUUCAAUCGGGAGCUAUAAUUAAUAAGAUGAAAGACCGUCCACUUCCACCACCACCACGUCCUAAACGUGAAAACAAAAAGCCAAGAAGAGACACGAAUGAUGACGAUAAAUUUGAUAAUGAUGAAGGUGGUGCUGAAAGAAUUACAGAGCCAUUAACAGUCAACGUUGAAAUAGUUGAUAAUUUAGUGGAAAGACAACCUGCUCUUUUAAUAGAAUCGACUCAAACAGAAAGUAUCAAAGAACCUUUAAAGGAUAACGAAGUGAAAGUUGAAAGAAUUGAAGAUAAGUUCUUACCACGACAAGAAUCAGAUUUUUCUGAACCUGAAAGACCAAUAGAAGUUGAAGUAUCUACACAAACUGAUCCCCUGCCGUAUGAUGAGUUCGCAAUGGAUGAAGACGAGGAUGUAGAUAUUGAAGAGUUUCUUGGACCUGAUGGUAAAGUAAAGACUUUAGAAGACAUUUUAAAAGAGGAACAAGAAGCAGAAAUUGAAAGAGCAAGACAAUUAGCAGAAGCAGAAAAUCUCUCAAAAGGUAUUCAAAGAUUUAGAGAAACCAGCCAAAGAUCACUUUCGGAGCACACAAGAACUUCAAGAUCCUUAAGUCGACCAAUCACUCCAUCAGCUGUCGUUGUUGAGAGGAAAAAGUCAUCUCCAAUUGUAUUCGAAAGACAAGAACAAAUUUUGACUGAAGCUGGUCUUUUUAUUCAUCCUAUUACUUACGAUGAUUUCGGUAUUCCACCAGUUGAGGGAGAACAACAACCCGUUGACGAACAGCAGGCAGUAGUACAAGAAGAAAUUGUAGAUUUCAAUAAUAACUUACAAGCUGAAUUAAAUGCAAGGUUGGAAGAAAAUCUAACAAGUGCAAGUCCAGAGCCUGAUUAUGAUGAGAUUAUCAAACAAGCUCAAUUGAAUUAUGGUGGUGAUGAUGAAGGAGAUGAUGAAUUAGAUGCAGAAAUGCAGAGAAAGAUUGAAGAAAUGAUUGAGUCAGUCAUGAAUACAGCACGCGAAGAAGCCGAAUGGAUUAAAGAAUCAAAAGAAAAUUUAUCUGAAGAAAAGAUCAGUAAUAUUCCUAUAGAAACAGUUGAAGAACCAAUUACAAAAGUUGAAAAGACUUUCCAAGAAUCAAAACCACAGUCAGUCAAUAAUAUGUUCGAUGAAGAACCACCUUUACCGCCUCCUAGACGUAAAUCAAACAUCGAGGAAUCAAUUUUGAGAAGAGAAUUUAUUGUUGAUGAAGAUUUUGUUACCAAAGAGCCACCACUACCCCCAGUGCCUGUUGUUGCUACAGAGGAAAAAUCUGAAAUUAUUGAUGAACCAAUCAAAGCUAUUGAGGAACCGAUCGAAACUAUUGAGGAACCUAUUGAAGUUGUUGGGGAAUCAAUUGAAACUAUUGAUGAGCCAAUUGCUGUUGAACAAUCAAUUCAGACUGAUGAAGUAAUGAUAAAUGGGCUACAAGAAGUUGAAGAGCCAAGUAUUGCGAAAAUUGAUUAUGAAAAUGAAGUUGGAAUGUCACCAGAUAUUGAGCAAUCGGAAGCACAAGAAGAAGUCAAAGAACGACCAAUUGGUGAUUCCCAACUUGAAAUUUCACAAGCAGUUUCAGAAGACAGACCAUCUAGUCCAUUCCCAAGUAGAAUACAUCUAGCAAGUUUAGAAAUUGACAAUCUUAGUGUGACUUCUUUACAAGCUGGUCGAAUUACAGCAUCAGAAAUUGAUAGUCACUCAAUCGUUUGCAAUGAGUUUGAAUCAAAGUCAACCACUUUACCAGGACAAACUGUUCAAAUAGAGCUUCCACCAGGAUUAAUUGAAGAGAUUGUUGAGAGAGUAAGGAAUGCUGAUCGAGCUGAGAUGCAAUUGAUAUUAGCAGAACAACAAAAGAUGGUUGAAGAGGAGCACAAGUUUUCUGAAGAUCAACGAAUUGCUGAAUUAGAGAAGAGAAUGGUAGAUGACCAAAAAGCUAUUGAGUUGGAACGAAAAACUUUAGAAGAACAGAAAAUAAAGGAAUUAGAAAGGCAACUUGCUGAAGAGCAAAAGAUUUCAGAAUUGGAAAGAAAAUUAGCUGAGGAACAAAAGAUUGCUGAAAUGGAACGCAAGUUAGCAGAGGAACAAAGGAUCGCUGAUCUUGAACGAAAAUUAAGCGAAGAACAGAGAAUAGCUGAGCUAGAACGAAAAUUAGCUGAAGAACAAAGAUUUGCAGAAUUAGAACGAAAAUUAUCAGAAGAGCAUAGAAUAACAGAGUUAGAAAGGAAGCUAGCAGAAGAAAGGAGAAUCGCUGAUUUAGAAAGAAGAAUCGCUGAAGAGCAGAGAAAAAUUGCUGAACAGAAACAUUCAGCAGUAAAUGAACCACAAAUUACGCAGGAAAUUCGCAUUGCAGCUGAAAGAGCUCCUGAAACCAAAUCAGACGAGACUAAUCCACCAGAAAGACCUCCACUGCCUGAAGAUUACCAUCAAUCAUCAUCACAAAUCCCACAAUCGUUUUAUCAGUUUAGAGAAUUUUCAGAAGAAGACAGCAAAGCUCCACAUACAACUCACCAUCGUCGCCGAAAGCAUCAACCAAAGAAAAAAGAUUCUACUACAGACGAUGAUUAUCCAAAAGAUCCAAAGGAUCAACGACCAAGAAGUCGAGCUGGAACAUCAAGUGACCAAUCUGUAGCUUCUCUUGGUGGACAAUUCUUAAGAGCUUGUGGAAAUUCCUUAAUUGACUCUGGAAAUCAAUUAAUGGAAAUUUUACGUGCAAGCAGUAAAGAUGAGAACUACCACGAUUUACAUGUUGCCUUAAUUAUUUUAAUUGUUAUUAUUGCUGGACUUUAUUUAAUGAGUACAGGAGAUAAGUCAGUACAUCAUCAUCACUGGGAUUUCUUUAAUCCACCUGAGAAUCAAGGUCGUUAGUUAUUUAUAUACUUUUUAAGGAUUUAUAAUGUAUAAAAUCAUUCAUAUUCUUUUGUAAUCGCUUCUAUAUUUCUUUAAUGGAUCGACACUUUGUUACUUAUUAUCAUUUUUCUUUUUUGAGUGCUGCAUUUGUUUUUUCUCCUUUUUAUGUUUUACGAACAUACAUACAUACUAAUUGUUGCUUUUAUUAUUUUUCUUUUGUGAUCGAAUAUCUCUUUUUGGAACAAAGGUCAAAUAAAUCUAUUAAAGUUUGUAUGUUGUACUUAUUUCACCACUUGAAUCUAUAUAAUAAAAAUUAAAAGGUUAAAAAAAAUUAUCUA